AGCGAUUCGUGCGUCCCCUUUAAAUGCCACGCCCAUGGCUGACCACACCCUUUGCUAAACCACGCCCCUUAAAGGGACACUGUCCCUUUACCACAGGCCCCACCCUGACCACACCCAGUCCCUCAGCCCCGCCCCUCUCUGUGGCUCCUCCCAUGACCGCAGUGCCAGCCCCAGGGGUCCCCAAAGUGUCCCCAAAGUGCCACCAAUGGCCCUGGGCCUGUCCCCACAGUGCCACCAAUGGCCCUGGGCCUGUCCCCAAAGUGCCACCAAUGGCCCUGGGCCUGUCCCCACAGCGUCACCAAUGGCCCUGGGCCUGUCCCCAAAGUGCCACCAAUGGCCCUGGGCCUGUCCCCACAGUGCCACCAAUGGCCCUGGGCCUGUCCCCAAAGUGCCACCAAUGGCCCUGGGCCUGUCCCCACAGCGUCACCAAUGGCCCUGGGCCUGUCCCCAAAGUGCCACCAAUGGCCCUGGGCCUGUCCCCAAAGUGUCCCCAAAGUGCCACCAAUGGCCCUGGGCCUGUCCCCAAAGUGUCCCCAAGGUCCCCAAAGUGCCACCAAUGGCCCUGGGCCUGUCCCCAAGGUCCCCAAAGUGCCACCAAUGGCCCUGGGCCUGUCCCCAAAGUGUCCAAGGUCCCCGAAGUGCCACCAAUGGCCCUGGGCCUGUCCCCACAGUGUCCCCAAAGUGCCACUAAUGGCCCUGGGCCUGUCCCCAAAGUGUCCCCAAAGUGCCACCAAUGGCCCUGGGCCUGUCCCCAAGGUCUGCAAAGUGCCACCAAUGGCCCUGGGCCUGUCCCCAAAGUGUCCCCAAGGUCCCCGAAGUGCCACCAAUGGCCCUGGGCCUGUCCCCAAAGUGCCACCAAUGCCCUGGGCCUGUCCCCACAGUGUCCCCAGCGCAUCCCCCAGCCCCGUCCCCUCUGUCCCCCCUUGGUGACGGCACCGUCCCUCGCCCCAGGGCCCCGUCUCCCGCUGUCCCCGAGGGCCACCAAGGCGUCGCCGGCGGUGUCACUGCGGCGCUGGCUGCGGGCCGAGCUGCGGCUGGACCUGGAGGCCGGACGGCCCCGGUGAGCGGGGACACCGGGGACAAAGUGCCACCCCCAGGGACACCCCGCCCUGCCAGCCCCCGGUCCCACCGAGGAGGAGGAGGAG